AGCCACUCCCCCAUUCAUUUACUGGUUUCUGCAUAACCAGUUUAGCCUCCCUCCCUGUUUACUCUAUAUAACUUGCUGUGGUGGCACUUUAGACUCACUUUUCCUGUCUCGCACUCAAACACACAUAUCCUCUUCUGAGAUCUGUGGGGAUUUAACCAUGUCGCUUGACCAGGAGCUCUGUUACCUCUGCAAGGAAGAUCUCAGGGAGCCCGUUUCCAUCCCAUGCGGUCACAUUUUCUGCUCCGUCUGUAUCAAUACCUACUGGGACCAUGCAGACCACACUGGACAAUACCUGUGUCCCCAGUGCAGGGUCGCCUACAACAAGAGGCCUAAUCCACGCCGCUUUCAGUCCUCACGCAGUUCGUCGUCAUCCCUGAGAAACAGGGAUUCAGACUCUUUCCCACCAGCCCCUCCGGCCCCCGACUACAACUACGCUGGACCUCAAGACGUGGGAUGUGACAUCUGCAUCGGCAAGAAGCUCAAAGCUGUCAAGUCUUGUCUGAUGUGUCUCGCUUCCUACUGCGAGAAGCACCUGAAGCCCCAUUACGAAUCAUCCACUUUCAAACGACACAAGUUGGUCGAUGAGAUCGGACACCUGGAUCGUCAGAUCUGCCCUCAGCACCAGAAAGGUCUGGAGCUUUAUUGCCGAACGGACCAGAUGUGUAUCUGUGUGUUGUGUACAGUGAAAGAGCACAAGGGCCAUGACAUGGUGUCCGCUGAACAGGAAAGGGCGGAAAUGCAGCAACGGUUGGGUGCCACCCAAGCUGAAAUCCAGGAGAAGAUCCAUGACAGAGUGAAGCAAAUGGAAGAGUUAAAACAGGCAGUGGAUGCACUUAAGAGUUCAGCACAACGGGCCUUGCAGGAGAGUGAAAAGCUGUUCGGUGACAUGCUUCGUUCCAUUGAAAGAAUGCAACAGGAAAUGACCAAACUCAUCUCGACCAAUAAGAAGGCUGCACUUAACACUGCUGAGGGCCACAUGGAGCGUCUGGGGCAUGAAAUUGCUGACCUGAAGAGGAGAGACAAUGAGCUGACACAACUCUCUCGCACUGAGGACCACAUCCAUUUCAUCCAGAGUUACCAUAUGCUGAUUGCCCAGACUGAUGCCGAGGAGCUUCCCUCUGUUACUGUGAACCCUUACUUCUCCUUCGGUCCUGUUACCAAGACCGUCUCUGAGAUGAAACAACAUCUAAGUGAGUUCAGCAAUGAAGAGCUGGUCAAGGUGGCAAAAACAGUGAACAAGAUGCCAUUCUGCCAGCUAGAGGACCGUAAGAAAAAAAAGACUAUAAAGUCUGAUGUAGUUGACAUGAUGUACAAGAGCCCCAGCAACACUCCCCGGACAAGGGACGAUCUCCUCCAGUACGCCUGCCAGCUAACUCUCGACCCCAACACAGCAUACAGACAGCUCUACCUCUCCCGAAACAACAGGAAAGCAGCAUUAAAGAGAGACCCUCAGUCUUACAACGAGAGCAACCAGAGAUUUGACUGCCUGCCCCAGGUCCUGUGUAAAGAGACUCUCUCAGGAGGUGCUUACUACUGGGAGGUGGAGUGGAGCGGGGAGGGCGCUUCCAUUGGUGUCACCUUUAAAGGCAUCAAGAGGACAGGUUAUGGGGACUCAGCUCGUAUCGGCUACAACCGCAAGUCCUGGAGUCUCUUCUGCUCCAACUCCAGCUACUCAGCCCGACACAACAAAGACCAGGUUGAGAUUAACGCACCCUACUCUUCCCGUAUCGGGGUGUUCCUGGACUGUGAAGGAGGCACUCUUUCAUUCUACAAUGUGUCUGAGUCUAUGUCACUUAUUCAUCAGUUUAAAGCCUCUUUCAGUGAGCCGGUAUAUCCUGGCUUCUGGGUGUGGUAUGAGUCUGCUAUUACUAUUUGUCAGGUGUAAAUGGUUGAACUGGAUAUGAGGGCAUUAUUUCUUUUUCUUUUCUUUUCUUUUUUCUUUUAAAUUGCUUGUGUGUGUGUGUGUUUAAAAAAAAAAAUGAAUUUCUGGUGAAGCUGAUCACAAUACUUAAUGUUUUAAUCUUUGACAUAUCAAAGAAUAUGAUUAUAUAAAGUAUGAAUUACAAAAACGAAAUUACAAAAAUAAAAGUUAUAUAUAUAGAAAAUAUUUAAAACUUUUUUAGAUCAUUUUCUGAGAAUUCAGCCCUCACCGAAACUGUAAAAUCUUUAAUAUUUUGUCCAUCUGUGUGAUUGUACUGUUUAAUGAGUGUGAAGGUUAAUCAGGCUCAUAAAAAAGCUUUUUACAGU